AUAUAUAUGUGGCCUAAGUUACGGCUUUGUUAUCACAUCUCUUUGUCCAAGACAAAACAAAACCAAACAUAACACUUCUCAUCACUUCCUAGUCACUGUCCCCCUGUCUUUCCCACAAAACACUGAUCCAAAGACAAGACAGAGAGGAGGUGGCAAUGGGAAGUAACCAUAACAAUGGAACUGGAGCGAUAGUCUCUGCCGAUGAAACUGAUCAAUCCUAUGAGCCUCUCCUGCUUCCCAAGCAGCCCUCGGGAGUGGCCGCCGUGAGCUCUCGGCUCGAGGAAGCGCUGUCGGACACUACGUUGCCUUGGUGCAGACGGAUUACCAAAGCGACAUGGAUUGAGCUGAAUAUAUUAUUUAAACUAGCCGCCCCUGCAGUCAUUGUGUACCUCCUCAACAAUGUUACCUCCAUGUCCACCCAGAUACUCUGCGGCCACCUCGGCAAUCUCCAGCUUGCCGCCGCCUCCCUCGGUAACAAUGGCAUCCAAGUCUUCGCUUACGGAUUGAUGCUCGGGAUGGGGAGCGCAGUGGAGACACUUUGUGGACAAGCCUAUGGGGCACACAAGUACGAUAUGCUGGGGGUGUACCUACAGCGGUCCACAAUCCUGCUCAUGGUGACAGGGAUCCCGCUCACGGUGAUCUACGCAUUCUGCAAGCCCAUCCUCAUCCUCCUCGGAGAGUCCACGGAGAUCGCCUCGGCGGCAGCGUUGUUCGUGUAUGGGCUCAUACCCCAGAUCUUCGCGUAUGCCGCCAACUUCCCGAUACAGAAGUUCCUGCAGUCGCAGAGCAUUGUGGCGCCCAGCGCCUACAUCUCGGGUGCCACCUUUGUGGUGCACGUCCUGCUCAGCUGGGUUGUUAUCUUCAAGCUUGGCGGGGGACUCUUAGGUGGGGCGUUGAUGUUGAGCUUCUCCUGGUGGGUGAUCGUGGUGGCCCAGUUCAUUUACAUACUGGUGAGCGAUAGGUGCAAGCAUACGUGGACGGGGCUGAGCCUUAAGGCAUUCUCGAACCUCUGGGAGUUUUUUAAACUCUCGAUCGCUUCCGCUGUAAUGCUCGCCCUCGAGACGUGGUACUACCAGAUUAUCAUCCUGAUUGCUGGACUGCUGGAAAAUGCUGAGAUUGCUUUGGACUCCCUCUCUGUUUGCAUGACAAUAUCUGGAUGGGUCUACAUGAUCUCGGUGGGAUUCAAUGCGGCUGCAAGUGUGAGAGUUAGCAAUGAGCUAGGGGCCGGGCAUCCGAAAUCGGCAGCAUUUGCGGUGGUGAUCGUGAACUUGUGUUCAUUCCUUAUCGCUGUGUUAUUUGCAAUAGCGGUGCUCGUGUUUCGCCACGACAUUAGCUACAUCUUUACCAGCGGCACCACAGUGUCCGAUGCAGUGGCCGAGCUAAGUCCUUUGUUGGCCCUCGCCAUCAUCCUCAACGGCGUUCAACCUGUCUUAUCCGGGGUGGCUGUUGGGUGCGGAUGGCAAGCAUUUGUCGCGUACGUUAAUGUCGGAUGUUACUACUUGAUUGGCAUUCCGCUGGGUGUAGUUCUCGGUUUCAAGCUAGAUUUCGGUGUUAAGGGUAUUUGGAGUGGGAUGAUUGGAGGCACCGUACUGCAGACUAUCAUUUUAUUGUGGUUUACGUUUAGGACAGAUUGGAAUAAAGAGGUUGACAAGGCACAGAACCGAUUGGCUACGUGGGACGACACCAAGGCACAACCGUUGAACGACUGACGUGGCAGAUUCUGAAUGGCUAGCUGUUUGGCACCAUCAUGGUCCCACACAGUACAAUAAAUGCCAGUCUUCAGACUUACAUCUUCACACAACCCAAGCACGCAUAGAAUCAGUACUAUGUUCCGACCAGAAUAACAGAGAUGAGGCAUUUUGUUGUUUUUCAGGCAUCCAGAUCUGACACUAUACAUUCGGUCCCAUUUUGUGUAUGUUGUUCUUGAUUACUUGGUUCUCAAUGCUUCCGAUUGAAACUUGAAGUAUAAAUGUUAUGAAAAUCGAAAUCUGUUUCGUUAAUUUUA